CUGCACCAGAUCCAGCGGACCUCGUAGUGUUUGAGCAUCAACCUCCCAUACACACACGAAAAUGACUCACCAGUACCCAGCUCUCUCUGCUGAGCAAAAGAAGGAAUUGGCAGACAUCGCUCAACGGAUUGUGGCGCCUGGAAAGGGCAUCUUGGCUGCUGAUGAAUCUGUGGGGAGCAUGGACAAACGGCUUGGCGGAAUUGGUGUGGACAACACCGAGGAGAACAGGCGACUGUACCGUCAGUUGCUCUUCAAGGGCGAUGAGCGUAUGCAGGAAUGCAUUGGCGGUGUCAUCUUCUUCCAUGAAACUAUGUACCAACAGGGCGACUGCGGCACCGAUUUUGUCAAGAUGAUCAAGGACAAAGGAAUUGUUGUUGGGAUUAAGGUUGAUAAAGGUGUGGUCCCUCUUGCCGGCACCAAUGGAGAAACUACUACUCAGGGUUUGGAUGGAUUAUCCGAACGCUGCGCACAGUACAAGAAAGAUGGAGCUGACUUUGCCAAAUGGCGUUCUGUUCUUAAGAUCAGUGAGACUACUCCCUCUCCUCUUGCUAUACUGGAAAAUGCUAAUGUGCUUGCCCGCUAUGCCAGUAUCUGCCAGCAGAAUGGCAUUGUUCCCAUUGUAGAACCUGAAAUCCUUCCUGAUGGAGAACAUGACCUGAAACGCUGCCAGUAUAUAACUGAAAAGGUGCUCGCUGCUGUAUACAAGGCUCUUAGUGAUCAUCAUGUAUAUCUGGAAGGCACUUUAUUAAAACCUAACAUGGUAACUGCUGGCCAUGCUUGUCCUACCAAAUACAGUGCAGAGGAGGUUGCCAUGGCAACUGUUACUGCUCUGCGUCGCAGUGUACCCCCUGCUGUGCCAGGAGUUACUUUUCUAUCUGGUGGACAAAGUGAAGAAGAGGCAACGAUUAAUCUGAAUGCCAUCAACAACUGCCCUCUUGCCAGACCUUGGGCUCUCACAUUCUCUUAUGGCCGUGCCCUGCAGGCCUCUGCACUCAAUGCCUGGCGUGGCAAGAAGGACAAUGAGGACGCAGCCACUAAGGUGUUCUUGACAAGAGCUGAGGCCAAUGGUCUUGCAGCCCUUGGAAAGUAUGAACACUCUGGGGAUGGAGCUGGAUCAGCUGGACAGUCCCUGUAUGUUGCAAACCAUGCAUACUGAGCUCUCGCCUACAGAACAGCUGUCCUCCUCCUGCAAGCAGCCUCCACAUGGACAUCCCCUGCGGCCAAAGCCUGCAAUAGCCACAGCCAUUUCCUAUCUAGCUUAUUGCCCUAACCUUAUGUUGCUAAUAUGAUCUUGAUGUAAUAGAGGUGGGGUUGUGAGUGAAUUGAUCAGGCUUUGCCCAUUCUUGCCGUGUAAUGUACCUGGUUGUAGUAUAUUUUCCUAACGUUUUUCUUUUUGAAGAUUCUGCUUUACAGCCAUAAUAAGAGGAGUGCAGAUAUCUCUGUGGGUAAUCCUUCCAAACUGGUUAUAGUGUGUCAGAGGAAAUUAUCCUCCUGCACAAUAACAAGCUGCACACUAACAUCUACUAUUCAUCCAAUCCAUGGCUUACUCACCCAGGCACUGUUCUGUCUUGCACUUUGCAGUACUUCUAUAGUUGUUUAGUGUGAGAAGUGUUGUGCUUCCUAUUCCACUAAAAGCAGGUCCUUCCCACUUCCCUAGGGCUUUGGCAAGGAAUUGAGAUACUGAAAGGAGAGAGAUUGGGAAGGGUAACGAACGGCUGUGCAUCUUGUGAAAGUAGUGUUGUCUGUCUCUGUCUGACUAAUGUACCAAAUAGUAAGAAAAUAAAUUAUAUAUUGAAAA